AUGACAGAAUUACGUAUUAUAUCAAUAUAUUUGGUUCCGAUAUACUUGACACAUUUACUAGAAUACAGUUUGAACGUUGCCAGUGUUCUCUCGGUUGGUCAUAUAGACAAGAUGGCACUUGCGGCUAUGAGUUUGUCGUCGAUGACAGCCGCUGUUACUGGAUUUGCACUCAUACAAGGAUUUGCAACUGGUUUGGAUAGCUUGUUAGCAACGUCAUACGCCUCUUCGAAUCCACAACUCUGCGGUACAUGGACUGUUAGAAUGGGUAUUGUACUCUCCAUACUUAUCGUUCCAAUCGGUACUGUCUGGUUUAAUGCUGAACGUAUCCUUUUGUCUAUCGGUCAAGAUGCAGAAGUUGCACAUCUUGCAGGAACAUACUUGAGGUAUUACAUUGCUUCGUUGCCUGGAUUCGCUGGUUUUGAAUUACUCAGAAAGUUUUUACAAAGCUGUGGUAAUAUGCACGUCCCAACUAUCGUCCUUAUUAUUAUCAGUCCAUUGAAUAUGUUGUUACAAUACCUCCUCGUUUGGAGAACUAGUUUAGGAUUCAUUGGUAGUCCAAUUGCAUCUGCAAUCUGUAUUGAUCUUAUUGCCUUGAUGCUCUUGCUUUACAUUGUUUUCACUCCUAAAGUUAGACAUGAUACUUGGGGCGGAUUUAGCUAUUUAGUUUUCAGAGAUCUUGAUGUUUGUUUUAAGCUCGGUGCAUCCGCUGCUACGAUGACACUUAGUGAAUGGUUUGCCUGGGAAGGCUUGGCUUUCGCUGCGUCAUUCAUUUCACCAACCGCAUUAGCUGCACAAUCGGUUAUAAACACCAGUUCAUCAAUCAGUUACCAAUUACCAUCAGCUUUGAGUGUUGCUAGCUCAGUCAGAAUCGGUACAUUGAUGGGCAAAUACUUACCAAAUAGAGCUUCAGCCGCUACGAAAGCGACUGUUAAUUUAUCAUUCGGUAUUGCAUUCUGUAAUGCUUUGAUAUUUUUAACAUUCAGAAACUCAUUUGCUAAAAUAUUCACAUCGGAUGCUGACGUUAUAGAAUUAGUCGCAAAAAUCUUGCCCCUCGUUGCUAUGUUCCAGUUCACAGAUGGAACUAUAUCAUCUUGUUUAGGUAUUUUACGUACAACUGGACGUCAAUUAACUGGUGCAGUCAUUCAAAUAACUGGAUUCUAUAUUAUUGGACUUCCAUUAGCGAUUUGUAUGGCUUUCUUGCCCAAGAUCAACCCAAUCGCACAUUGGCCAUGGCCAAAUGCUCAAAGUGACAGACUUAUCGGUCUUUGGCUUGGUAUGUCCAUAGCAUUAGGUUUAAAUGUUAUUGCUGUUCUUUGGAUAGUUUCUCGUAUUAAUUGGGACAAGGAAUGUAAAUUGGCUGAUAUCAGAGUCAAAGGAACUACCUCAGUUGAACACACGGUUGAUGAGAGAACUACACCUAAUGAAAGACAACCUUUAUUAGCAAAUAAUCACGUAUAA